AUGAAAGAAAAGUGGAAUCCCAAAGAAAGAGAGAGGCCUGAACGGCCUAACUGUGCCGCCUGGACUCAAGUGAAGUUCAAAGCACUGGGCCGGCCAACCUGCUUGCGCAACGUCGCGGAACGGCGCACGCCAGGAUGCCGUUAUAGCGUUUGGGGCACCUGCGACCGCCGAAGGUGUGUGGUCGCCUUGGGAUCGGAGGACCUGCGCGUUUACGUCGCGGAUCACAAGCCCCCCAUCGUCUUCGACUUGCAGCGUUUGAAGGUGAGACGAGGACAAAGGCACCUGGAAUUGAGCCGAACCACUUGGGCGCAGCAAGUCUUUCAGCGACUGUGCUGUUGUCAGCCCUUCGCUUGCACGGUCACGUUGCGUGUGGACCAGGUGGACGACCUUUGCGCGUUUCUCUUUCCAGAGUCCAACAUUGACACAUCUUCCAGCCGAGUGCCAUUGGCCGUGUUUCCACCAGAGGUCUUGCAUGUGAUCACAGAGUUUCUGAUCUUGCCUACCAUUCAUGACGUCAUGCGCUGCAGCAUCAAACUGCGGGAAAUGUUGACCUCCGAUGCCUUUUGGCAGCACUUCUAUAUCAAACAUGUUCCACCGCAGGUGCGCCGUCAGGUGGAGGAAUUUGAAGAUAUUGAUGGUUGUUCCGUCUUCGAUCGGGUGGCCAUUGCAAAGCUUCGCUUCUGCCAUGUGUGCCAUGCCCGCAGACAUCUUCCAGGGAUUUGUGGAUGUGGAGCCAAGCAGAGAUUCAACAAGUUUGUGCACUUUGAUAUGCGAGCAGCCGAGAAGCUCCGAUUGGGUUUGCAUAGACUAGGCACUCACCUGAUGAUCAAAGGAUUUGACUUGCAGUCUGCCUUCUUAUGCUUCUCCACCCGCUAUCACGGCACCUCCCUCGCCAGCAUGCUGCGGCAGACCGCGGCCAAGGGCCGGAUGCACCUCUUGGUGUGCGAGAGCUUCACCGGAGAGGUCUUUGGAGCGCUCCUGAGGUUUCCUUUGAAGCGGCGAUCCUCACAGCUCUAUGGUUCAUGUGACCGACUCAUGCUUUUCAACAUGAACAAGGAGGAGCUUCGCACUUUUGAAGGAGGUGAGAAGUUCCCCGUGAUCCGCUCCAUUCCUGAUGCUUUAUCCAUUGGCACCUCGAGCGAAGCAGCUUUGGCUUUGAACUGGGAUUUGAGCAUUGCAACCUGUGAACCAUCCAUUCUUUGUCAGGGCACUCGUUUGUGUGGCUCUUGCUCAUUGAGAUCUGUGGUGACUUUCUCGGAUGUGUGCCCGGACAGCGUCGACCGGCGGAUCUCCCACCUGAAGGCCAACUGGGGAAGUCAUCCAGAUGUCCAGCGCAACGUGGCGCGACAACUCUUGCAGCUUUCGGGCCAGCAAGACCUACGGCAUUACUUCUCCUGA